UCCCGCCCUUACACUGCCUCUGAUUGGCUUUCCCUAAGCUUAACCAACGGAAGCAACGAGUACUAGCCAAUCAGAGGGAGUGCUGCCGGGGGAAAAAAAUAACGCACGCAGGCGUAACUUUUAUUAUUAAAUGAUGUAUUUUUUAAUAUUAUUACGAUGAAGACAUGUAGACAGCCGAUUAGCUAAAGCCUCCAAUCAGACAUGUUUGUCUUUCUUCAACCGCGAAAACACAAUCUGCCGGACUUCCUUGUUUACUUCGUGACAAACUGAACUUCCACUAAUGGGGCUCUGCCGACUUCAUAACGAAGAAACUGACGAUGGAUAAAAUGCAGUCGGUCUAUUCGCUUAUCACAGCUGCGUUCCUCGUAAGCUUUCCUGUGGUUUUAGCGGCCCAGCAGCCUCACAUCGUGUUCGUCCUGGCAGAUGACUUUGGUUGGUAUGAUGUCGGCUACCACAGCUCAGAGAUCAGCACACCGAACCUGGACAAACUGUCAGCCAGAGGAGUCCGCCUGGAGAACUACUAUGUUCAGCCUCUGUGUACCCCCUCCAGGAACCAGCUCAUGACCGGAAGGUAUCAGAUCCACACAGGCAUGCAGCACCAGAUCAUCUGGCCCUGUCAGCCGUACUGUGUGCCUCUGGAUGAGAAACUGCUGCCCCAGCUGAUGAAGGAGGCGGGCUAUGGCACGCACAUGGUGGGCAAGUGGCACCUGGGCAUGUACAAGAAGGACUGCCUGCCCACACGCCGGGGCUUUGACACGUACUUUGGCUACCUGACAGGCAGCGAGGAUUACUACACUCAUGUCCGCUGUAGUCCCAUCGCUGCUCUGAACCUGACUCGCUGUGCGUUGGACCUGCGGGAAGGAGAAGAGGUCGCCACCGGAUAUAAAGGAGUCUAUUCCACUGAGCUGCUCAGCCAGAGGGCCAUCAGCAUCAUUGAAAAACACAACUCGAACAAGCCGCUCUUCCUCUAUGUGGCAUUGCAAGCAGUCCAUUCACCCCUGCAGGUGCCAGAGCGCUACGUGGCCCCCUACAGUUUCAUCAAAGACCCCCAGCGCAGGCUGUACGCUGGCAUGGUGUCGGCCAUGGACGAGGCAGUGGGUAACAUCACUCUGGCUUUGCAGCAGGGAGGACUUUGGAACAACACGAUCCUAGUCUUCUCAACAGAUAACGGCGGUCAGACGCUGUAUGGUGGCAGCAACUGGCCACUGCGAGGGAGGAAGUGGUCACUGUGGGAAGGAGGGAUCCGGGGAGUCGGAUUUGUCGCCAGCCCGCUACUGAAGCAACCCGGGACCAUCAGCCACGAACUAAUCCACAUCUCCGAUUGGCUGCCAACACUUGUUGGCCUGGCAGGAGGGAGCACGGGCGGUGCAAAGCCACUGGACGGAUUCAACGUGUGGAACACAAUCAGCAAAGGGUUUGCCUCACCCAGACUGGAGCUGCUGCACAACAUUGACCCUCUGUAUAACGACAUUGCUCCAUGUCCUGGCAUGGAGCGUCAGUUAACUUUGGCUCAGGUGGUCAGCGGAGGCUCCUGGGCCAAGUUUGGCUUCAAUGUGUCCAUUCACGCGGCCAUUCGAUCCUCAAACUGGAAGCUGCUGACUGGCUACCCAGGCUGUUACAUUUGGUUUCCGCGGCCCGGCCACAACAGCUCUGAGUCGAGCCCCUCCAAGGUGGAUCCACUGAAGUCCGUAAUGCUGUUUGACAUAGAAAAAGAUCCAGAGGAGAGGAAUGAAGUAUCCACUCAGUUCCCCACAGUAGUGGAGUAUCUCCUCAGUAGGCUCCACCAACACCAGAAAAGUGCUUUGCCGAUAAACUUCCCCGCUGAUGACCCCAGAUGUGACCCAGGCCCCGCUGGAGCCUGGGGACCCUGGGCUUAGAUGGCAAUGACAAUGAUGAAACUUUGUUUACGGUGUUUACUGUGAAUUACAGCAGGACUCUCUUCUGUGAAGAAGAGAAGAAGUUUUAGAUAUUUUUUAACUCUGAUUAGAAUUGAAUAUAUAUCAACUCAAAGACAGCUCAAUCCAUCACACAAUAAUUUCAAACAGUCUAAAUUCGAUCAUGCUGAUUUUUCAUAUUUUAACACGAGACCACAUAGAUUUUUUACUUUUUCAGCAAACAAUAAAGAAACUCAAUCAUUAAUUCAGGUUCCGCUUCAGGUAUUUGCACUUCAUUUAUAUACUGUUGUAUGUGCCAAACACAAAGCCAGGGAAAAAACAGGCUGCUUUAAACCUGAAAGAAACUUUUUUGAAGAUUUUCUGAGCUUUUUAAGGAUUGUACAGGAGAGAGCAACAUGUUAGAUGUGUCCAAGAGAGAGAGAGUAGAUGCAAAAAGCUGCACUAAUAAAUACUUUUAUAUUGAUAGUGGUUAAAAUGACUACAUAUAAUGUGAAAGGAGUUACUUGUUUUGGUUUUACGGCAACCUUACUGUUUUGAUUCAUUCUCGCUCUUAUCAGCGUUGUUUCCAUCAGCAGCAGGAACCUGUUUUCAACGAAAAAGCUCUUAUAAACCCACUGAACGCUACCUGCCCAGCACCAAACAGCAGAUAGACACAGUUGGUGAACAUAGUGGAACAAUUAGCAGCUAAAGAGCCAGAUAUUUCCGUCAGGGGCUGGUGGAGACCUGUAGCCCCAUUUGUGACCUCAGCACUCUGUACGUUACUCAUUGAUUUGGUCACAUAUCGCAAACCUUAGAGGGAAAAUCAAAGCGUUAUUUCUUUUACCUGUUAUCCAGCAGCGAGUUCAAAGAUAUUUUCUUAAUUUCAUAGAUGUUUGCUUUCUACCUGAUGUUUAAAAUGUUUAAAUUCCUAUUGACUGUGCCACUCAGCUCUGCUCUUCUUCUUCUCUGGAACGAAUACAACUCAGGUCUACUGCUCAGUCUGUGGAAAUAUUAGAUUUGGACAUCCAUUAGAUCACAAAAAUACCUUUGAAUAAUGUAACCAGCUGCUGGAUAACAGGUGAAAAAAUAACAUUUAGAUUUUUCCCCUAAGAUUUCUUUAGGGAACUAUAUGUGACCGAAUCACAGAGUAAUGUACAAAGUGCUGAGGUCACAGAUGAAGUUGGUGGAGACCAAAACAGAGCUAAAAGAAAAGCAAAUAUUUGACUUGCAUUCGUCAGGUUGCCAGAAACACGACUCCAAAUGAAUGAUAAUGUUUCUCCGUAUCUGCUGGAUGUGUAAAUAGGUUUGCUAACCAUAUCUUUAUAAGGCGAUAAUAUGUCAGUGUUGUGUUUACAGUUUGUUGCAUUGUCCCUAAAUGGCCAAAGAAUUAAUUAUUGCAGGUUUAAUAUAUGUUUUUAAAAUGACGUGCUUUAAAUGAUGCGUGCGCUAUAAUUUUGUAUUAAUUGUGCACACCACUAUUUGUAAGUGCCUACUGGUCAAAGCUUAAGAUGUAUUAACCAAUGUAUGCAUUUUGUUCUGGAGAACAAAAUAAAUAAAUAAUAAAGAGGCUAAAGUGCUGUAAAACAGA